AUGCCUUGUUCACAUGUCAUUGCCGCAUGUUCCAGUGCUCGUCACGAUCCAUUCUUGCAACUAUCAGAAGUUUACAAGGUCGUGAACUUAUUCGGUAUCUACAGUAACAGUUUUCCAGUGGUAGCUAGUGAGGACUAUUGGCCAACCUAUCAUGGAGAGACAAUCUACCACAACGAAAAUAUGAGACGAAACAAAAAGAGCCGCCCCAAAAGCACGCGAAUUACAACUGAAAUGGAUACAACUGAGAAAAUGGAAAGAUGCAGAAUAUGUCGUCUUCCCGGGCAUACGAGGAAUAAUUGUCCAAAUGUUGGAACAAGUUCUAGAUAG